AUGGCCCUGGUGAUAUUACUGACAUCAAUGAGUGCCCUGGUGAUCACUGACAUCAGUGAUGGCCAUAUUAAUGUCACUGACAUCAGUAAUUAUCAUGUUGAUGUAACUUUGCAUGAUGUCACUGAUGUCAGUUACAUCAACAGUGCCAUCAGUGAUGUCAGUAACAUCAACAGUGCCAUCACUGAUGUCAGUAACGUCAACAGUGCCGUCAAUGAUGUCAGUAACAUCAACAGUGCCAUCAGUGAUGUCAGUAACAUCAACAGUGCCAUCACUGAUGUCAGUAACGUCAACAGUGCCGUCACUGAUGUCAGUAACGUCAACAGAGUCAUCAGUGAUGUCAGUAACAUCAACAGUGCCAUCACUGAUGUCAUUAACAUCAACAGGGUCAUCAGUGAUGUCAUUAACAUCAACAGGGUCAUCAGUGAUGUCAGUAACAUCACCAGGGCCAUCACUGGUGCCAGUGACAUCAACAGGUUCAUCACUGGUGCCAGUGACAUCAACAGGGCCAUCCAUGAUGUCAGUUACAUCAAUUGGGUCACAACUAAUGUCAGUAACAUCACCAGGGCCAUCACUGAUGUCAGUUACAACAAAAGGGCCAUCACUGAUAUCAGCCACCUUAAAAUGGGCCAUCACUAA